AUGGGUAACUACUCGAAAGCACUUGAAUUUUACGACAAAUCACUUAAAAUAAGAGAAAAAUCUCUGCCUCCGAAUCAUCCCAAUUUGGCUGGUUCCUACAACAACAUCGGUGCAGCGUAUUCCGGACAAGGUGAUUACCCAAAAGCACUUUCAUAUCUAGAAAAGGCACUUGCCAUCUGUCAAAAAUCACUUCCACCAACACAUCCUAAUAUUAAAGCGGCAAUGAAUAAUAUUGACUCUGUGAAAAAGAAAAUGUAA